AUGUAUCGCGCAGCUCUGCGGUCGACAUCUCGAGCGACUCUGGGCGCGCCGCCUAGAGCUUUCGUGCGCGCUGCACCACGACGCUUCGCUUCCACACAGUCUCCCGCUGACAAGCCGCGAAGCUGGAAGAGCUCUGCGCUGCGAUGGGGCCUCGCCGUGGCGGCGGUGUAUUACUACAGCACCGGCUCGGUUUUUGCAGACGAGACGCCUGAAGCACGAGCGUUGAUACCCGCCCCGUCACCGUUUGCCGAGUCCGACCUACCGACUGUCGAUGCCGUUAUCGAGGAGAAGCGAAAACAAGCGAGGCCCGAUCCAGCAGGAAAAACUCCAGAUUCGAACCAAACAGCCGCCUCGCAGCCACAAUCCGAAGCACAAACCUCUACAGCAGUGCCUGGAUCGCCCGAGGCUCUCGAGGAAGAGGCUGGCCAGGAGGGCGCCUUCAACCCCGAGACGGGCGAGAUCAACUGGGACUGUCCUUGCCUCGGCGGCAUGGCACAUGGCCCCUGCGGAGAAGAGUUCAAGUCCGCCUUUAGCUGUUUUGUCUAUUCCACCGAGGAGCCCAAGGGCAUGGACUGCAUAGAAAAGUUCCAGGGAAUGCAGGAGUGCUUCCGGAAAUACCCGGACAUUUAUGGAGCCGAGCUGGCCGACGACGAGCAGUCGGAGGAAAUUGACGAUGGAGCCAAGCAGCCUCUAGCCUCAGAGACUCCGGCACCUCGUGGCGAACAACGGCCCACACAGCCUCACGAGACAGAAACUCAGGUACUCCGAGAGAACGUCGCCGCCAUCAAGCCCGAGACACCCAGCGCAAAGUCGACUGAGAGCUCUGCGCCCGUGGCAAAGUCCGAGGAGAAGAAGGCUCCGAAGGAGUCAAGCCCGAGCAAGGCAACCAAGUGA